GAGGACCCAGCUGCCCGCCGCUCUCUCGCUCCCACCGCCCUCCUCUCCUCCGAGCCACCACCACCUCUCCCCGCUCGGGCUACCACGCAUCUUCUUGUCUCACUCCCUCGCGGCACCUACGCAGCAAUGGCGACCUCUGCGAUCCGCCGCAAACCCAUACACACCUACAAGUCCCCCUCGUUCGACACCACACCCGAUCAGCUAUCAUACACUGUACCGCGCGCGAUACCCAGGUCCACGUCCGCACCCCGCUCGGACAAGUCUGCCACGGAAGGGACAACGCUAACGGUCAUCGUGCCCUACGCGUCCACGCGUGCAAACCCUCGCCCGCCACCCGCUCUCCCUCUGUACCACCCACUCGGGCCCCUCGCACUCUCCCUGCCCCAGCUCGACCCCGGUCUCUUUGGCCUCCCCAACCCGAUCAGUGUCGACGACGCGGUCGACGAGCCCGCCGACCCCGGGCGCCGCUCCUCGUCGCGCGCACGGAGGCCCGCCGCGAAGUUGCGCGAGCGCGACGGCGCAGAGGAGGCUGAGGACACCGCCGCCGCCGCGGCACCGACGCCAAGCGCCCAGAGCGCCCCGCGGGAGGCUGGGACGCGCGCUCCGGGCAGCCCGCGCAAGAGGCGCGCGGGAGGCGGGGGUGGCGCGCGGCGCAAGCGCAAGGCAGAGACGGAGGAGGUCGACGGCGCGUACCCGCCCCCGGCGAAGCGUACGCGGGCCCCGCGAGGUGCGGCGGCGGGCAAUGUGACGCCCGUGGUGGCGUCGCCGCUGGUGACCGACGCUGUGGUCGCGACGGUCGAGGAGGCCCCCGAGGCGGAGGCCACGCCCUCGCCGGAGAACGCGGAACCGGAGGACGCGCAGGGAGAACAGCCUGCUGCCCCGGAGCCGAAACGCACGCGGACGCGCAAGGCGCGUGCGCCCGCGAACAAGCGACGCAACUCCAGUGCGAGCGCGUCGACGAACACGUCCGUGUCCGUGUCGAUCGCCGCGAACACGCGCACCACGCGCGCGAAGGCUGCACGCGAGAGCGCGUCGGAUGGCGAUGCGGAGAAGAAGGAAGAGGAAGAGGCCGAGGAAGUGACGCGUGAGCAAGCCGACGAGGAGGAGGGCGCUGUGCCCGUGUCUCCGGUUGACAAACCUGUCGACGACGAACCCACGGCUGAAGAGCAGAACGCCGAGAAGAUGGACGUCGAUCCACCUCCAGGAGCAUCUGUCCACCGACCCCAUCUACCGUCUAUCGUCGCACCCUCGCCCCCGCCCGAGAAGGAAGAGAAAGAGGAAGGAGAGCUCAGCGAUGAACACUAGGGAACGCAUGCUGCGCAAGGGACGCCUCUAUCAACACAGAACUGGUAGCGUGUUGUCCUUGCUUGGCCUCAGUCUCAGCUUUUUGUCUCUCGAGGAUCUCCCAUCUACUCUGGACGUGUACAUCAUCGCAUCGCUCUGUCAUAGCUCUCUCCGCUAUCUCUGCGCACUCUAAACCCUGUCCUGGAAACCCCUGUACCACCACCGACCAUCUAUCUCGUGUCGCCUUAGCACUGUUGUAGUAUACCAGCUACCGUCGCGCACAUCGUUUGUACUUAGCACUGAAUAUACACGAACUGGUUUAUCGAA